GAUAUUCUGAUAUUCUUUGAGCUAUUAUUGUAUUAUUGAGUUGCGAUUCUUGUCUAUUAUAUUUCCAAUACUACACACGAGUAUUAAGACUCAUAUUCUGUGCCAUUCAUAUUAACUAUAAUUUGAAAGUAAUUUCAUUGGAUAUACAAUACUGCGGUGAAUGUAAUACCGUAUAUAUAAUAAGUAUAAUAAGGAAUCGUAACAACAAAACCAUAUUACAGUAAAUAAAAAUCGCAAGAAUUGUUGAGAGAAAGACGAAAAAAGAUUAUUCAGAAUCGGAUGAUAAAUAUUGUCUGAUUGAUGGCAUCGAUUGGCCACUGAAUCCCCAAAAGCAAUGAAUUGAACGCAAAUAAUAUGAAUCAUGCGAUGAAUAGGCAUUUGGCGGACGUGUCCGCACGUAAUGCUGUUUACGUGUUAGACAUCGACCCAAAUAUGUUUGAAUCGCUAGAUGUGACCACAGAGUCAUCACACGAGAUAUACCUGACAAACAACGCCAGCUUUGGUGGUCAGCACUCGGAUGCGGACAUCGAUGACGGGGCAGAGGAAACGCCAAUCGGUGUCCAAAUAUUGAUGUGUUUGAUGUAUAUGACCAUAUCGUUGGCGGCCAUUGGGGGCAAUGGAGUGGUUAUAUACAUAAUCUUUGCGUACAAACGCAUGAGAACUGUGACCAACUUCUUCAUCAUGAACUUAGCGAUCGGUGAUAUGCUUAUGGCCUGUAUUUGCAUUCCCUUCGCAUUCGUGUCUAACCUAAUCCUCGGCUACUGGCCUUUUGGGGCCAUUAUGUGUCUGUUGGUGUCAUACGCACAGGCGGUCUCCGUAUUCAUAAGCGCCUACACUCUGAUCGCUAUAUCCAUUGAUCGUUACAUCGCUAUUAUCUAUCCUCUGAGACCGCGAAUGACUAAAUUGCAGUCAAAACUAAUCAUAAUUAUCGUGUGGAUUGUGGCACUACUCACACCUUUGCCAACAGCACUACUGUCCAGAUUGAACCCAUUACCACAAGACCCAAACGCCACCACCACUAUUGAUAGCAUAGAUAAUCAGCCCGUACUCUACCAGUGCACUGAGAACUGGCCUCGAGAGGACUAUCGAUAUUAUUAUUCAAUGUUAUUAAUGAUAUUACAAUACGCCUUCCCUUUCUCUGUACUCAUAUUUACGUAUUCAAGAAUAGCAAUCGUUGUUUGGGGUAAAAGACCCCCCGGAGAGGCCGAGGAUGCGAGAGACGCUCGGAUGGCAGCUUCCAAACGAAAGAAUUGA